CACCGCCCCCCCCGCCCCAGUCACUGAGCCGCCGCCGAGGACUCAGCAGCCUCCCCCUCGAGCCCCCUCGCUUCCCGACGCUCCGUCCCCCCCGCCCGCCUUCUCCCGCCACCGCCUUCCGCAGGCCGUUUCCACCGAGGAAAAGGAAUCGUAUCGUAUGUCCGCUAUCCAGAACCUCCACUCUUUCGACCCCUUUGCUGAUGCAAGUAAGGGUGAUGACCUGCUUCCUGCUGGGACUGAGGAUUAUAUCCAUAUAAGAAUUCAACAGAGAAACGGGAGGAAGACCCUCACUACUGUCCAGGGGAUCGCUGAUGAUUACGAUAAAAAGAAACUAGUGAAGGCAUUCAAGAAGAAAUUUGCCUGCAAUGGUACUGUAAUUGAGCAUCCAGAAUAUGGAGAAGUAAUUCAGCUACAGGGUGACCAGCGCAAGAACAUAUGCCAGUUCCUCGUCGAGGUAAAAAUUGUUUUUGUCCUAGUUGUGGGUAUAUGUGGAAAAACAUACUUGUCAGUAUUGAACCCCAUGUUUUCAUUAAAGCAUUGUCAGUAAGAAUUUAGAAUUGAAAAACAUUUGUAUAUUUCAUUCAUGGUCCAAAGAGCCUGUGGCUUUACCAGGAUUCAAAGGAAAGGUUCCUCAAGUUUAUUCUUUAGCCAAGAGUUUAUUCUUUAGUUCCUUGCUUCAAAUAUGGAAAUUAAUGAGAUUUUGAUCCCAAUUUUUCUUCCAUUAUCUCCUAGUACCUGCCAGUGUUGAUGUAACGGAUUAGAACCGCAAAGCCACUUCAAUUGAAUUAGGAGGAAAUCCUGUUUUAAUUUCAAAACUUAGAGAUUAAAUUUUGACCUAGGCAAUGUAUCCAUUCUGUUGAGUUGUAGUUCUUCAUGUGCUUUGUGAGUUCUGUAUAAUGGCAAACAUAAAGACCUUGUGAUCAGAAUGUUUUGGUCCUAAAAAUAUACUUCUCUUUUUGCAGAUUGGACUGGCUAAGGACGACCAGCUGAAGGUUCAUGGGUUUUAAGUGCUUGUGGCUCACUGAAGCUUAAGUGAGGAUUUCCUUGCAAUGAGUAGAAAAAUUCCCUUCUGUCCCUUGUCACAAGUUUAAAAACCUCACAGCUUGUAUAAUGUAACCAUUUGGGGUCCGCUGUUUAACUUGGACUAGUGUAACUCAUUCAUGUAAUAAACUGAAAAGAGCCAUGCCGUCUAGUCUUGCAGUCCCUCAUUUAAAAAGAGGUAAAUUAGCCUGUCAGUGCUCAGCCUGAAACUCAAAUAAUCUGAUGUUUCAGCCAAGUCCAAAACCCUAGUAGCAUCUGAGACCAUGUCUGUCCAGAGGUUCCUUGGGUGCUCCCUCUGCAGAGCUCCCUGUCUUCCAUUUAAGAAAACUGAUCCUCUGAGCUACUUUUAGUGAUGCUCAGAAGAGUAAGGCCACCAAUACCCAGUUGUACCAUCAAGAUAAAGAUAGCCUUUGGUAGCAGAACAGGGAUUCCCCUGGUGAUUUGCACCACCUGAUCCAGGGAAGGGUUUCAUUUGGGGGCAAUGGCAGGACAUUUUCUUUCUUACAUCACACCAAGGUCUAGUGUUUGACCAGACUUUUAGUAGUAGUGCCCUGCCUCUGGGGGAUGCACAAGUGGAGAGAACACCAUACUGUGAGGCCAACUUUACCUGAAUUAAACUUUUGACAAGGGAACAAAUUUUGAACUAAUGUAUCGAAACAGUCAGUGUAGUAACUGCGGAGCUUGCCUCUUAAUAGCAACAGCUGCCCAAUGCCAUGUGAAGUUAACAGACUGGUUUGGUUUUGGUUUUUUUUUAUUAGUUUAAAUGUUAUGUAAUGUAUUUAAGCUCUUAUUUAAAUAAAACUGGUUUUCAGAAA